CCUGAUACACGACAAUGCGUCCGACACAAGCCGCCUCCUUAUAUUUUCAAGUGAAACCGGAUUAGAACUUUUAGGAAACGCUCAUACUUGGUACAUGGAUGGAACUCAUUCCACAGCACCACAGCAGUUUGGACAAUUAUUCUGUAUAAGAGUUCCAUUAAGUGAUUCACAUGUUUCGGUGGUGUACGCUCUAUUACCUGGUAAACAACAGUCACACUAUGAAGAAUGUUUUACAGCAAUUUUAGACGUUUGCUUACAGAAAGACAUCCGGCCCAACCCAGCAACAAUCGUCGCAGACUAUGAGAUCGCCAUACACAACGCGGUGAGAUCAGUCAUUGGCUCAAGUAUCCAUAUACAGGGUUGUUUUUAUCAUCUAACACAAGCUACAUGGCGUCAUAUUCAAAGCGAAGGGUUUACAGUCGUUAUACAGAGAAGACAAGGAUAUCAGACACUUCUGUGGUCAAUUAGACGGCCUUGCCUUCCUUCCAGCGAGCAAGGUGACUGAAGGAAUGUCGCUUCUUCGAGAUUCAGCCCCAGAUGUCUUGUCAGGUUUAGUAGACUAUUUCGACUCAACGUACGUUUCUGGUCAUACAGAUCAGUGCUAUGUAAUGGACGAAUUCGACUACGAAAGACAUCACCAAGAUUCGAUCCCCAAGUAUGGAAU